CAAACCAAGCUUCCUUUCCAGCUGGUUCUGGUCCUGCCCACCAACCAUUUUACCAUCUCUUUCUCUCUCUCUCUAUCUGCAUUUUUUUUUUUUCAAUCAAAAUAAGAUUUGUGUGUGGCAUUCCUUUCCAAGUUUUGUUUUUUUAAUAUCUUAACCCUGUGAGCUUUUCUUCUCUUUUCUUUUCUUUUUUGUGGCCCACUUGUUACCUACUAGUGUGCCACUGCAUCUUUUGCAGCAUCUGAAAUUUGUUGUAGGGUUUUGUGUGUUGCUGAGGUAUUCCUGCGCCUAUGUAUGCACAUUGAGUUUCUUGUCGGUUCAAAAAGAAGUGUGAAGACUGUUGCUUCUUUGGUUGCUCAAGGCAGAGGAUCCAGAAGGCUAGCUACCUUAGAUCAACACAAAGGUGGGAAUGUCUUAACUCUACCAGUUGAAGAACUUGGGGGAGGAAAUUGAUUGACCUGUAGCAACCGGGAUUAUGUCAUCCAACAGUUCUUUGAAUGUGGAAUUGUCAAAGAAGACGUCAUUUUUUGGUUUGAAAAGAUGGGUUUUGAUUGGGAUAGGUGUUGGUGCAUUUAUAGUGCUGAUUCUUUGUAUAUUAUCUGUAUGGGUGAUGUUUCGGAGAAAGUCUAGGUCUAGGAGAUCUCUAGAGAAGUACUCUCUAUCCCAAAUACCAAAUGUCUCAAAAGAUAUCGAUGUUGACAAGGUUGGGGUGCAGAGUUCUCAUGAUCAACCAGAAAAUGUGUUUAUUCCAGUUCAUGACAAUGCGAAUGAUAAGAAUUCUGAUAAGGUAUCAGUUCAUUUGGGGAUGAGCAAAUCCAGUGAUCCUGAUAACGUCAGUCAGUGCAGCUCAAUUUAUCAUCACGAGAGAGGAUUUAGUUCGCUUUCAGGGGAAGAAGGAAGCUCUGGGCAUGUUAGAAAGCAGUCUACAUUGUCUUAUGGAGGGUUGGUGACUGCCUCGCCAUUAAUUGGCUUGCCGGAAUUUUCUCAUCUUGGGUGGGGCCACUGGUUUACACUUAGAGAUCUGGAACAAGCAACUAAUCGUUUCUCAGCUGAGAACAUUCUUGGUGAGGGUGGAUAUGGGGUUGUUUAUAGGGGCAGACUGAUAAAUGGAACCGAGGUGGCAGUGAAGAAACUUCUUAACAACUUGGGACAAGCAGAGAAAGAAUUCAGAGUUGAAGUGGAGGCUAUUGGCCAUGUUAGACAUAAGCAUCUUGUGCGCCUGCUUGGAUAUUGUGUAGAAGGAGUUCACAGGCUGCUGGUGUAUGAAUAUGUGAACAAUGGUAACUUAGAACAGUGGUUACAUGGGGGCAUGCAACAUGGCACACUUACCUGGGAGGCCCGCAUUAAAGUUAUACUUGGCACAGCCAAAGCGCUUUCUUACUUACAUGAAGCAAUAGAACCAAAAGUUAUUCACCGGGAUAUAAAGUCUAGCAACAUAUUGAUUGAUGAUGAGUUCAAUGCAAAGGUUUCUGAUUUUGGUUUGGCCAAACUUUUGGAUUCAGGAGAAAGUCACAUAACCACUAGAGUAAUGGGAACGUUUGGUUAUGUGGCACCAGAAUAUGCUAACAGUGGUUUAUUAAAUGAGAAGAGUGACAUUUACAGCUUUGGUGUCCUCCUACUGGAAGCAGUUACAGGAAGGGACCCUGUAGACUAUGUGCGUCCCGCUAAUGAGGUUAAUCUUGUUGAAUGGCUCAAGAUAAUGGUGGGGACAAGGAGGGCUGAGGAAGUUGUGGACUCAAGCCUUGAAGUUAAACCAUCAAUACGUGCUUUAAAACGUGCUCUUCUGGUUGCACUUAGGUGUGUUGAUCCUGAUGCGGACAAGAGGCCCAAAAUGAGUCAGGUUGUGAGGAUGCUUGAAGCUGAUGAAUAUCCAUUUCGAGAGGAUCGAAGGAAUAGAAAGAGCAGCACUGUUAGCAUGGGAAUUGAAACAGUGAAGGAUAUUUCUGGUCCAUCUGAUGCUACUGAAAAGGUGGAUCAUUCUUAAAGCUAUGUGCUGGAAACAACUCAAGGAUAGGAUUGACAACCAUAUGACUUAGCCUGCAUGUACAAUUGCCGUUGUACUCAUUCCAGUAACUAAACUAUAUAACCUUAUAUGACUCCAAGUUUGUAUCCUUAAGAAAAUUUUGCUGCAUCUGAGGAGAAAAUCAGAUCAGAGAGAGAGCCUAUUUGGAUAAUGAAGCAUUUUUUUAUUCAAUGUGACCAUUUAAGAUCUGGUGUACCAACUUUGCAAAGAGGGUAGAGUCAGUGAUAGUGUUAAUGCUGUACAGAGAUCUGC